AUGAGUUCACAUACAACAUCAAAUAUUCAUUUGACAUCAACCGCCGCUACUAACACCACUCAGAAUGCAGUAGCAUCAUCGUCAUCAUCACAACUUCCACCAGUCCAAUCGAUAUGGACAAAAAUAAUUUCUAUUAGGGCUAAAUUAAGAAAAACUAGAAAAUUAUUGAAUCGUAUGUUUUCAAUCAAAUUGUCUUCUUCCUCUACUGAAUCAAUUAAAUUAGACGACAUCAAUGAUAACAAUGAUGACGAUGAUGACAAUAGUAGACCUAAAAGAAGAAAAACGAGGAAGUCUAAAGUUUGCUCAAGAUGCAGAAAAUGUAAGAAAUCUUGCGAUCGACAAAAACCUUGCAACCGUUGUGUCAAAGCUAACGUUUCUGAACAAUGUGACGCCGGUGGUGAUUCUAAUGAUAACGAUAAAUGA